CAAACCUCCCACGCAUACCCAUCACCCUCCCUGCCCUUUUUCCCAAUGCACACCGACUUUUCCCCGCCCCCCUUAACACCCAACACGAUCGAUCAUGGCAACCCCCAGGGAUGCCCCUCGAUUGACCAGGAUUCGCUAUGUUGGCGACGGCCUUGUCAUGUCGGCUAUAUUCACAUUUGACUUCAACGGCGGGUGCUUCGUCACUGUAUUGGCGAGUCCGACGGAUGAAGCUGGGGGCGAGGCUCUUGUCCCGGCCGAUUACCAAUUCGAUGAGUCUAUCGAGGGAAAGAUUCUGACAGAGCUGACUGACCUCACCUGGGGCACCGUCGAGGAGGUAAUGACAAAGAAGAAGGAAAUCAAGCGUCUCGAGCAGCAGCUCGGGGAGUUGGUUGCCGAUGUGUGCCGCCCGACCAUGCACCGCCUCAUGCACACGCCAAUUCCGGAGGCCCAAACAUUGGAGGACUACCUUUACCCUCAAACUUACAUGUUGCAAGUCGUCACCGACUCGGCAGGCGACAACCUGGCGUGCCGAACCUUGGACGGCCCAGGCCAUGCCGGGGUCCCCGAGCUCCAUCCGCCAAUAUCUGACGAAAGGCUUCGUGGAAUGGGUCUCGACCUGGAGGCGACCGACAUUCCGGUCGUUAAGCCACCGCAGAUCAUUUUGAACCGUCGUCUACAGGGCUUUGUCUGGAAAGUAACAAUCGAUGGGGAAGAGAUGAUUUGUAAGGUAUCGAUCGACGCCUUCGAGUAUGCAAUAGGCGACGAACUUGCGGCCUAUCUCAAAAUCAGAUCAGCUAGGGUGAAGUUAAGGGUCCCUGAAUUAAAGGGAAUCGUCCAGUCCCAUAGGGGAGUGAUUGGCAUCCUGCUUGGCUACAUCCCCCACAAGCACCACAACCUUCGCGCUUUGCUGGCCGAGACAAGUACUGCAGUAUCGAGCGAGACGACGACAGAACUCAGGUACAAAUGGGCAGCACAAAUUCGGGGGACGUUGGAGGAACUACACAGUCUAGGUAUUCUCUGGCGUGACAUCAAAACUGAUAACGUCCUUAUUGACGAGAAUGGGGAUGCGGUUGUUCUCGACUUUGGUGGCGGGAACACCAUGGGCUGGGUCGACCCCGAUAAGUACGGCACUAUGGAAGGCGACGAGCAGGGGCUCCUGAAGAUUAUGAAGGCGCUAGAAGUUGGGAUUUGAAUCACGAGACUCACACAACAUCCGGGUGUGUGCUUUGGGUAGGAGUACCGGUAUUAUUGUUUGGAUAAUAUAUCGAGCGGAGCUUCUUGCGUAGACACACAAAGCAAAAUUAUCGCCCUUCAGAACCACAAAUACCUAACAUAGGU